GUCUAUGAACCCGAGCCGAUGUCGCCAUCAGAGCCGGCUGCGCCGAAUGGUCCUACAAAUCCCUCAAACGCAAAUUCCAUACCUUGCGAGGACAAGGUGAAUCCAAGAACAGGCAUAUCAGAUUGCCCAUUGCGUCAGUAUCUUUGUAACGAUCCAAGAUAUUAUGCGCUAAUGACUGAUCAAUGUCCAAAGACAUGCAAUAGAUGUGAAGAAUUCUUGAAAAAUUAUCAAUCACAACCACAGCCGCAGCCGCAGGCACCAUCUUCAAGUUCGGAUACAGAAUGCAAGGAUUUAGUUCACCCUCGAACUGGAAUAUCGGAUUGUCCGCAUAGAGCCCACCUAUGUUUCGACCCUAAUUACCGAAGUUUCAUGCAAAUUCAGUGCCCAAAAACCUGCGGCUACUGUUGA